CAACGAACAAAAUAAAAAUAGUGUUUCUUAGCUUUGUGAGACAAAGAAGAAUAGUUUAUCUCUGGGAUACAUAGAAGAGUCGAAAUGGGUUGCAAGUUAUCUCAGCUCGCAGCCUCCGAGUUCUCACAAGACCCUCUAGACCGGCCGCCGCCCCCGGCCGACCCGCGGUCCCCCUUGACCCCAAAGCAACAGUACUGUAUCAUGGCAUCUUGGAAAGGGAUUUUCAGACAGAUCGAGAAGACCGGGAUUAUUUUGUUUGUCAAAUUAUUCGAGGAAAACGAAGAGCUUCUCCACCUGUUCGAGGACUUCCGUGAGCUUCGCACGAAGGAAGCCAUCGUGAACUCCGCCGAGCUGGCCGAGCACGCUACGAAGGUCAUGCACACGUUGGACGAGGGCAUCAAAGGGCUCGCCGACAUGGACUCGUUCUUCGCGUACGUGAGACAUGUCGGUGGCACCCAUCGACAGGUUCCCGGCUUUAAGGCUGAGAAUUUUAUGAAAAUCGAGCAGCCUUUCUUGGAGGCGGCCAAAACAACUCUUGGAGAGAGAUACACGCCAAACAUUGAGAACAUCUACAAAAUGACCAUCCGAUUCAUUUUAGAAAAUCUCGUCAAAGGCUACGAAGAAGAAUACGAGUAAACAACUAAACAAUAGUUCGAAACAAUAAUGUUUAUUAUGUUUGUUAUAUUGGGUGUAUGAUAUUGAGUUAAAAACCAUCAUACCCUAUACCAUAAACCAUAUCAUAUUUGGUUCGUGCAGAAAAGAGUAUCAAAAUAUUGAAAUCAUAACCCUAACCAUGUUUUCACUUUCGCACCUUUGUGCCGCAAACUUGAUGAUCAACUGACCGUGUGUCGGGCUUUUGUUACUAUCA